GUAUAUGUAUAUGCUGUGUCGUGAAAUAUAGCAGCAGCCAUCUUAUAUUUUGUGUUAAAGAAAAACAUUAUUUGAACAAAUGUUUCGGCCCAUGCUGUGAAAUUAUUGGACGAUACAUGUACGCUCGAUGAAGCGUAUCUUUUUUACGUAUAACCUGAACCACUAUAUUAGCAAAGGUGGAUUGGUACGCAGGAUAUGAGCAGUUUGUCAAGCGCAAUCUGACUCUGCUCCCGAAUCAACAGCCAAUACAUCAGCAUCCUGAAAAUCCGGUUCAAACUUCUCAAUCAGAUAUAAUGACAUCAAUGUUUGAUCAACAAAUUAAAAGUGAACCAAUGGGAUUUUAUUCGGUAGCUUCGAGUAGAUCUGACGGAUCCAAUUCAAUGGUAAAUUUAUCAGACGAUCGUGAAGAUUUAUCACAGCAAGACGAUCACCUUCAAUCACAGCAACAGUCAAUACAAGCUCAUCAACAACAACAGCAAAACCAACAACAAAAUUCCCAAAGUCAACAGGGCAGUCCAAAUGUUCAAUCUCCACCUUCGCGCCAAUCUACCGGCCAACAAACUGUUAAAGAAGGGAAUAGAUCCAAACCACAACCGUGUAAAGUCUGUGGAAAAGUGCUCUCUUCAGCUUCAUCUUAUUAUGUUCAUAUGAAACUUCAUUCUGGCAAUAAGCCUUAUCACUGCACAGUUUGUGAAGCAAGCUUUUGUCGAAAACCUUAUCUUGAAGUUCAUAUGAGAACACAUACUGGUGAAAGACCGUUUCAAUGCGAACUUUGUCUUAAAAGAUUUACGCAAAAAAGUAGCCUCAAUACUCACAAACGUGUCCAUACUGGUGAGAGGCCUUAUGCUUGUGACAUUUGUCAAAAACGGUUUGCUGUUAAAAGUUAUGUUACUGCACAUCGUUGGAGUCAUGUAGCCGAGAAGCCUCUCGUCUGCGAUAGAUGUUCGCUUACUUUUACAUCCAAAAGUCAGUUUGCAAUUCAUAUUCGUACUCAUACCGCUAACACAACAUACGAAUGUAAUAUUUGUGGACGUACAUUUGUUCGUGACAGCUAUUUGAUUCGACAUCAAAACCGAGUGCAUCGUGAUUUGAGUCAAAAUAAUUCGAAUCAUAAUCCAGCGACUCCGCAAAGUAGUGGAGGUGCUACCCCAGGGGCAGGAUUUGAAAGUCCCGUUUGUGAAUUACGUUACAGUGAUGGACCAUCUUCAUUAGAUGGUCUUAGUGGUGGAAAGGGUAUUGCCGCAGAAAUAGCUAGUUUAGCUAAACAAAAUAGUCUUCAGCUUCCUGUACCAUUGCUGCAUCCGCAGACGACAAACUAGUGUUUAGACGGCAGCGCGUCCGAAUCUCUGCCGUUGCAACAACAUUCACCACAACAUGUGGCUUGCUCCACAGCGGCAUCAUCACCCAUCACCAUCAAUUCACCUUUAACUCAUGAUCAAACCACGCCACAAAGUGUCUACCAAACUUCUGUUUCCUCUGGAUCAUUGGAUAGUCCAG